AUGGGGCCCCUGCGCACGGCGCUGGUCCUUCUGUGGCCGCUUUGGGCCCUGCGAGCAGCCACAGGCCUCGCCGUGCUUCAGGAGCCCCGCUUGCUGCAGGUGCGGCAGGACAGCGAGGUGACCUUGACCUGCCAGGUGGUGCAGGCCCAGGCCUGGGAGCGACUCCGCGUGGAGUGGCUCAAGGAUGACGCCAGCCUGUGCCAGUCAUUCAUCUCCAACAGCAGCCUCAGCCUGGGGGGCUGCGGGCCCUGGGGAUGGCUCUCCUGGCGGCCGCCUGGCACUGUCACCCUGCGGCUGGCCAGCGUGAGCCUCAACGACAGCGGGCGCUACGUGUGCUGGGCGGCCACGGAGAUCCCAGAGCUGGAGGAGGCCGAGGGCAGCGGAACGCAGCUCCUGGUGGACACAGAUGACGGGCCACAGAAGCCGAUCCCCAGCAUCACAGGACGACUCUUGGCGCUGCUGGUGGCGGGGAGCGCGGCCCUGGUCGUGGCCGCGAUCGCGCUGGGCGCCUGGAUCUGGGGCCGCCGCCGCUGCGGGCACAAGGACGCAGGGAAUCAGCUGUACGGCAACGUCCUCUACCGGCCCCGGGGGGCCCCAAAGAGGACCGAGGCAUCGCCGGCGGAGGGAAAGAGUCCCCCCUGACCUAGGUCCCUUUGGGCAACGAAGUCCAAGAGGGUUCCUUGAAGUGGGAAGAGGAACCGGAGCCCCCGGAGCCCCAGAGAGGACCCCAGUGGCCAGGUGAAGAUGUG